GGGCUGCCCGAGGAGCCCCCGGAGCCGCCGGGGGGGGGGGGGUCUCCGCAGGCGCCACCGCCGCCGAGCGCGUGUGACGGAGAUCGAUGAGGAGCCCGCCCCCGCGCCCGGGCUGGAGAGCGGCCGGUCCUAGCGCCGCCCGCCGCCUCCCGUGGCAGGCCCGGCCGAGGCCGCAGCCCCCGCAGCCCGCCGCCCGCGCGGCCUAGCUCCCCGAAGCGCCUCGGGGAGGCCGAUGGCAGCACGCGGCCUGGCCCAGGCCCUCGCUACUGUGUGUCUCAGCGCGAGCCUGUCCUGUGUGACCGGCAGGGCCCCCGGCGGCCGCGCCUGCGCGCCUCCGCAGCUCCCGGGGCGGGGGCCGCCGUACAGUUCCUUUUCAUCACAUUUGCUCCAACCAAGCCCAGUCAUUAUGUCAGGUUCAAAUGGUGCUGAUGAAAAUUCCCACAACAAGGCUCGGACAUCACCUUAUCCAGGUUCAAAAGUGGAACGUAGUCAGGUACCCAAUGAGAAAGUGGGCUGGCUUGUUGAGUGGCAAGAGUAUAAUCCUGUGGAAUACACUGCAGUCUCUGUCUUGGCGGGACCCAUGUGGGCAGAUCCACAGAUCAGUGAAAGAAAUUUUUCUCCAAAGUUUAAUGAAAAGGAUGGACACGUAGAACGGAAGAGCCAGAAUGGCUUGUAUGAGAUUGAAAAUGGACGACCUAGAAAUCCGGCAGGUCGCACUGGACUGAUUGGCCGGGGGCUUUUGGGACGUUGGGGCCCAAACCAUGCUGCAGAUCCCAUCAUUACUAGGUGGAAAAGGGACAGCAGUGGAAAUAAAGUCAUUCACCCUCAUUCUGGGAAAAAUAUCUUACAAUUUGUAGCAAUCAAAAGGAAAGACUGUGGAGAAUGGGCGAUCCCAGGGGGGAUGGUGGAUCCAGGAGAGAAAAUCAGUGCUACCUUAAAACGAGAGUUUGGUGAAGAAGCUAUGAACUCCUUACAGAAAUCCAGUGCCGAGAAGCAAGAGAUGGAGGAACAGUUACACAAACUCUUCAGCCAAGAACAUUUAGUGGUUUAUAAAGGAUAUGUGGAUGAUCCUCGAAACACUGAUAAUGCAUGGAUGGAGACAGAAGCUGUAAACUAUCAUGAUGAAACAGGUGAGACAAUGGAUAAUCUGGCUCUGGAAGCAGGAGAUGAUGCUGGGAAAGUGAAGUGGGUGGACAUCAGUGACAAGCUCAAGCUUUAUGCCAGUCAUGCCCAGUUCAUCAAACUUGUGGCUGAGAAGCGAGGAGCUCACUGGAGUGAGGACUCAGACCCCGGCUGCCAUGGAUGAUUGCUUAAGAACCCCCGUGUGUAUUUCAGGUCUUCAAAUGAACAGUGAUGAAGGGCACAGAACACACAUUAGCAAGGGCAGGUCACUUCUUUUGAUGGUGGUUUUGUUCAUUUCUGCAAUUGUGUUUGAGUGUUUUUACCUUACGGGUAUGAUAAAAAAUAGAGUGGAAUGCUUAAAGAGAAGAAAAGCUCUCUAGCUUUGAGAAGAGGAAUAUAAAAAGUAGCCUUUUGUACAUGUUAUAUUUAGGCUUGGCUCAAAUCAAAUUAAAUUGCUGCUGCUUUUUGAGGAAUUACAGACCUAAAUAAAGAAAUGACUGAAUGAAUGAAUAUAUGCCUGAUGACCGUCUUCUCCACUUUCUUCCCAGCUGGGUUGGUUGGUUCUCUCUUGCCAUUCCUUCCCUCUUGCUGUUCUGCACUCGAAGCUUGGAGUGUUGCUGCUUCUUUUAGGACACUAUGUGCUCCAGAAGGAGCGACACCAUUGGAGAGUCUCCUCCUGUAAAGCCCAGUUCCUUUUGUAUCACCUACUACUUCAGAUUUAGCUUUGGUGGCCGUGUGGAAGCUGCGCUUAAGAACUGAACCUUUCUGGCCAUUCUUGAUUUUAAAAGGAUCAAUUGAUGAACAAAUUCUAGUUACUCUUUUCGUGAAAAGUGAGAAGCAGAGCUCACAUUGUUUCCAUUUUAGAAACUUCUUCUCAAUAAAAACUUGUCUAGGAAUUAAGUGAUUUAGAUUGAUGUCACAUUUAUUUCACCGUACACAGUUUUGUAUUUUGAAUCAACCUUAAACUGACUAAAAUGGUUUAGUGAUUAUAAUAGUUUACAUUUUUAGCAUUUUGAAGUUAACAAAGUGCUUUUCAUACACUAUCUUAUUUAUUCCUUAUGAGCCUCUGAGAUAAAUCAUCAUUGUUAUUACCAUUUUAUAAAUGAGUAAACUUGGACUCAGAGUAAAGAAGGGACUUGCCAGGGUCAUGUAGAACUGUCUUUCUGAUAUGGAUUUCAAACAGUGGCCUUUUUAACCCUCCAAGUCAAGGACUUUAUCUACUACACCAGGUUGCCUCACUAGUAAGGAACUGAAAUCACUUCAAGACUAAAGGCAGGUCUUAGAGAUUUGUUUGUUCAGUUUUUGAGGGGAAUUCAAAAGCUUAAGAGUGUUACUAAUGUGAAAUAAAAACUUGAGUGUUAGAUGUAUAUCCUGAAAUAACAUGAUCUCCGGAAUCAGGACCAAGGUGGUAGUGAAAGAGUCCAUGAGGGGAGUUACUUUUCAAGUAGAGAUUUUAAAUGCUAAAGGAAGACAAGCAGGUUAUGCUGUUCAUGAGGCAGCUCAGCUUAUAAAUGAGCUACUUGCCAAAAAUAGAGUCGUAAUUUGUUGUUUGGAAUUCAGAACAUGACUUCCUAGAAAUACUGUUUUAGGUGGUUUUGUGCCAGCCCAUAAAAUAUUGUUUAGCCCAUCAUCUAGCUGAAUACCAAUGAAAUCACAAAUCCAGUCCCUAGCCCUAUAGCUGUAUUAUUAAAAACUAUUGCUAACCACCUUUUGUUUGUUUGUUGUGCGGGGCAAUGAGGGUUAAGUGACUUGCCCAGGGUCACACAACUAGUAAGUGUCAAGUGUCUGAAGCCAGAUUUGAACUCAAGUCCUGAAUUCAGGGCUGGUGCUUUAUCCACUGCGCCCCCUAGCUGUCCCCCCACUGUACCACCUUUUAAAACAUUGUUUGGGAAUUGUAAUCCUAGUUUGAAAUUAGUAUAGUAACACAUCAUUGUUUACCUCUAUUCCAUAGACAAACCUGCUCAUCCUCUCUUGUACUAGUUCAGUUCACAUGGAAAAAUACUGGGGAAGAGGAGACCAGAAUAGGAUUUAGGACUUGGGUGAAAGAGAGUGAUUUGGGGUAUUUUUUUUGUUAAGGAGGAAGGAGAAUCUGCUGUAGUGGGUUUAAUUUGGUAUGGACUCAGUGUAUUGUGAUUGGCACACAAAGGACCUAAAAAUCCUGGAAGCAGCUGUUGAUGGAGCCAGGAGACUGCCUGCAGUUGUUUGAGGAAAAGGCAUUGUUUCUUCAUAGUGCUGGAUAGAGAUCUUUAAAAUAAAAAUUUCUUAAAGUUACUCUUAAGAGUACUUUGGAAUUACUUAGAGCCUAUAUUUACUUGUUUAGGUAAAUCCUGACAAGCAAGGAAAAUAUUAAUGAGUAAUGUUGAUCAAGAAAUAGGCACUUGUUGCGGGAUUUAUAUACCAAUGUUUUCAUAAGAUUACAAAGGUUUUUUUUUGCAGGGGGGAAGAGAAGAAAUUCUUUACACUUUGUAGGAUGAUAGAAUUUUUACUUGAGCUCUUAAAGACUGCAGAGUGGUAGUUUUUUUUAAACGACAUUUAGAUUAAGAGUGUAAGUUUAAAUUUCCAGACCCAUUUGCAAAAUAGGAGAAUUGCAUAAAAAUAUUUUAAGAAGAAACUACUAUUAAAGCAUCACUACCACUUUGAUGCUUGUUGUUCUUAAAAUCAGUUGUAAUGAAUAGCUUUUAGAAUUUUCUGUGUUAUCCCAUUAGAAUUUAAUACUAUGAAUCUAAGGAUUUCUGAUAGGAAAGACAAUACUUGAAAGAUAAUAUACAUUUGUUGCUAAUGUGAUAUAAGUUAACCAUAAUGAUGCAGUUAAAAUAGUUUCUUUAAAUGUAACUGCCCCAUUUUCGCCAACAAGAUUUUUAAUAGAUUGAUUAAUGCCGUAAUAACUGAAGGGAUAUACUCAGAAUGUUUGUCUUUCUGGUAUUUUCAAACAUUUAUAAGUAAUUCUUUUU